ACUACAACUGAUGCUACAACAACAGUUGCUGAAUGCUACUACUACAGUGAUUGAUGCUACCACCACUGAUGCUACUACUACAGUGAUUGAUGCUACCACCACUGAUGCUACUAUAACAGUGAUUGACCUUACUACUACAAUUGAAGCCACUACAAUAGUGACUGAUGGCCCAACCACUGAUAUUACUACAACAAUGGCAGAUACUCCUACCACUGACGAAACAACGUUCCAAAUGUAUCCCAGUGGUGAGGAAGAGGGUGACGUGCGGCUUCAGAAUGCAUUAGAUACAACAUCAAGUGCCGUUACCGCCCCAAGGGGAGUCUACUUUGGUCAUAGAAAAUACAGACACAUAUACGUUUCUUCAAACGGAUUAAUAAGUUUUGGAAGACCAUACUUAAAUUAUUGGGCCAGGAAGUUUCCACUUGGAAGACGUAAUCUAGCUAUUUUAGCCUCGUUCUGGGGCGAUCAUGAUACACGUGAAAGUUUGUCUCCAUCUGGUGUUUAUUACCAGAGCUACACCAGAGAGGAUACCUUGAAUGAGAAAGGGCAACUUUUACUCGAAGCAGCGAGUAAAGAAGUGAUGAGGUAUACAAAUGUUGCAGACUUUGAAGCAACCUGGAUGAUGAAAGUAACGUGGAAGGAUGUUUUCCCAUAUCCAUAUUACUGCUACAAUCCAAAAGCUGAAUACCAUUCAUGGUGCGGCUACUUAAAUGGUAACAACGCUAACAAUACCGAACCUCAGACUGUGAACCACCAGAUAGUGUUGGUAACGGAUGGUAUUCGGACAUACACUUUGUUCAACUAUGGAAAGAUGGCCUGGCGCAGAUGGAAAAAUGUUAACAUCGGCUAUGAUGCUGGGGAUACCAAAAAUUUAUUCAACCAUUACUUGUAUGGCGAUGAUGCACUUCUAGGCAUUGACAGCAUGAAAGGAAAUACUGGAUUGAAUGGAAAAUGGAUAUUCCGGCUUGAUCUAAAUGGCGAUAAUCUCCAAAACUUUGAGCAGAAGUGCGUGACAUGGGCUGUGAAAGAACGUCAGUCCUUUGGCUCAGGCUUAGCUCUUCAGUGGCGAAGUUGGGAGGUUCUACCAUGCCCGUGUGUGGUAUGGCAUGCAUGGCGGGACAGACGGUUUAGAAUGGACUGGUGGUCAUUCUGUGCCCACCAGAGGUUCCCAAGUCGACACGGACAUGGACAAUCGUGUUGCUAUAACAAUGAUUGGUGGACUAACUGGUGGUCUUGGGGGACGUUGUUGACGGAUGUCAGAUACGGGGCUGGACAUUUUGAGCGGUACCACUACAGGUUUUAUAGCAGACUACACAAGGAUGAAGACACCCUUCCCCGUUACUAUUGUUGUGAGGCGUCAGAUAACUGCCAGUUAUUUACUGAGUUGAGACCAGUUGACACAUGCCAGGCAUAUGUUCCACCCCGCUGGGCUUGGUUCUGGGGUGAUCCUCACGUUCGAACACUUGAUGGCAAGACAUACACAUUUAACGGGUUGGGAGAAUAUUGGUUGAUCAAGACCACUGAUGACUAUUUUACACUCCAAGGGAGAACAUCCAGAGCCCUGACAUCUAAUGGAACUGCAACGAGAGCAACUGUCUUCACAGCAUUUGCAGCAAAAGAAUCUUCAGAUGAAUUUUAUGUAGAGCUAGCAGAUAACAUGGCUGAUAUGAUUAUUCGAGUAAAUGGGAAAGAUGUAACGGAUGCCGUUGAGCAGUUAGCAAAUGAGGAACCUCCAACAACACUGGACGAAACAAGCCUCAGUGUGGGCGUGGACUCAGAUGGAGUUGUGACGGCAGCAUUUGCUACUGGAUUCUCAUUAAACGUUUCCGUUUCUGUGAGGAGCUUAAGCAUCACAAUAACAGCGCCGAUAUUGACGAAUUCUUCAAUCACAACAACGGGUCUCAUGGGGACGCUGAAUGGAAAUACGUUGGAUGAUUUCACAAAACCUAACGGUGAAAUUCUUCCAGACAACAGCACUGAUUGGGCAAUCUAUCAUGACUUCGGGGAGCUAUGGAGGAUAACCUACAGCGAAUCAAUAUUUUGGUACCCGAAUGAUGUGACAACCGGAAAUUUCUCGGAUGCUUCAUUUGAGCCACUCUUUUUAUCAAACUUCACUGAAGAAGAGCAGAAUGAAGCAAAAACUAAAUGCAAAGAUGAAAUAGCUUGUGUAUUUGAUUACCUUGCUACAGGGGACGAGAG